AGAUUCAAAUUAAUUUUCGAAAGCAGAGGCAAUUUGGGAAUUCAGAACACGUUGUUGGAGUGCACCGAGAGACUGCGUCAAAAACCGAGGCGAAGUUUUUGGUUUCUUCUUCGUCUUUGAUCCUAGUUUUGUGGAUUCAACUUCGUUCUUUUGUAGAAAUCUCCAAAAUCACCGUCGUCGAAAUCCCCGAGGCCCGACGGCAAAGUUUCUGGGUUCGCCUUAGAACGAGAGAGAUGUGGACGGUGGGUCUUUUGAGGCGCACGACCGUGUUCGCAGUGAGCCGAGCUCCGAAGCGAGUUGGGUUCGGGUGGUUUCGGGGCAUUACGAUGGAGCCGGCGACGGAUGAGAAGAGGGAGAUAACGCUGGCGGAGGCGAAGAAGCUGAUGAGACUGGUGAACGUGGACGACCUGAAGACGAAGCUUCUGGGAAUGGCGGACAAGGAAGUGAUCGCUUACAACGCGCUUCUUGAAGCCUCUCAGAACAUGGGCAUUGCAAGAUCUCUCGAUGAGGCUCGUGCCUUCGUUCGUGUCCUCGACGACGCCGGAGUUGUCCUAAUUUUCCGGGACAAAGUCUACCUCCAUCCCGACAAGGUGGUGGAUCUGAUCAGACGAGCGGUGCCUCUUGCUCUUACUCCAGAGGAUGAUCCAACGAGAGAUGAGUUCAAUCGGCUCAAGGUCCUGAAGGAAGAAAUCGAUGUUCAAGCACAUCGAGAGGUCAGAAGAAUCCUGUGGUGUGGUCUUGCCUAUGCCGUGGUUCAGGUCGGGCUCUUCUUCAGGCUAACUUUCUGGGAAUUCUCGUGGGAUGUGAUGGAACCCAUUACGUUCUUUACCACAGCCACUGGCAUAAUCGUUGGUUAUGGCUAUUUCUUGAUCACUUCGAGAGAUCCCACGUACCAAGACUUCAUGAAGAGGCUCUUCCUUUCCAGGCAGAGGAAGCUGCUCCACAAGUAUAGCUUUGAUGUUGAGAGAUUCAAAGAGUUAGCCAUGAAAUCCAAGCACCCGUCCUCUCACGCCGCUGUUUCCAUCAAGAAGCGCGUAGGGUUGGAGCUUGAUUUGGAGGAUGCUUUGCACAGAGAUUGAUCAUCACCACCAUCAUCAUCUUUUGCUCAUCUCAUUGCCAUUAGUCCCUUUUGUUUAUGACAGGUUUUAUGUUUAUGGUCCACCGCCUUCAUCUUCGUUGUUGUUCCUCUCCCUUUAUUGGCAGCUUCUCAUAAACAA